UUUUAGAUUUUUUUUGAAUUUUUUUAAAGAAAAGAAAAUGGUUGUUGAUUUGUUUAAUCUUUUAGAAAUUGUUGAUCGUCUGAAGCAUUUGAAACGCACAGGUUGGGUCAUGUACGCCGUUGCUGAAUGUGAAACUGUUGCUUCGCAUAUGUACAGAAUGGCUAUUUUGUCAAUGUCAUUAGCUGAAUGCCGAAAAGAUUUGGAUAUUGAUAAAUGUGUUAGAAUGGCUUUAGUACAUGAUAUUGGAGAGGCAAUAAUUGGAGAUAUAACACCAAACUGUGGUGUGUCUGUGGAAAAGAAGUAUAUUAUUGAGAAACAGGCAGUCGAACAAAUUUCUACUUAUGUACCAGCAUCAAUUGGAGAAAAUUGGACUCAACUUUGGUUAGAAUAUGCUGAGGCAUGCACUCCAGAAGCUAAAGCUGUGAAACAAUUGGACAAACUGGCAAGUUUUUUAGGAUUAAAAUAA